UGUAUCUUCAUACCAUUACUGACAGCGUAUCUUGGGUAGGCUCUCAUGUCAUAUCCUAAAAUUCAUUAUGUUUCCCCCCAGAAGCCGAGAGCCACCGUAUUCCGUCAUAUGCUUCCUUCACGCAGAGUUGUGCAUACCCAGAUCUCCUCAAUACUUGCCCGCUGGUGGCGGCUGCAUUGGCAUUUGUGCGCCGGGCUGAUCCAUGACCACAUUAGCUAUCGGUCGCUUUUGCUGAUGUCUCGCCGCGCUUUCUCUCUCUUGCUGGACCAAGGCGCAGAAGGAGCAGCAGCACGAUGCCAAACAAUCAUUGCACCCGCUUCCCUUGAUGGCGUACCGCUCACGAACAUCUCCACGACGGCAUGUGUUAUAACGCCCAGCCAAAGAUGUGCCAUCCCAAACCAGCACCUAAAGAGUGCAGUACGCAAACCACUGCACAAUCUGCAUUGCAAGGGUUUCUCUCUAGUUGACUACGAUCCAUCUCGGGGUGUUGCACCCUAUACAUGGUUCUCCCCAUGAUGAAGCAUGGACAGCAGGUUCCCAUGAGGC